AUGUCGUUGAUGGAAACGUUCUACAAUGAAGAGCAAAAAAUUUGGAGCGGACCUGAAAACACCUUAUUCACAGAUCCACAAAUAUCUAUAGGCAAAGUCAUAUAUGAAGUGCUUAAAGAGAAGCCAAACAAUAAAUUCCAGAUCGUCCAUGAUGAUGGCAAAAUACUCACCAAUGCGGAUGCUUUGACAGCGACUGUGAGCAUAGCGCGGUAUUUGAAAUCGGAAGGACUAACGCAUCGGGAUGUAGUUGGACUUAUAGCUAGGAAUACCACACAUGUUGCUCACGUUCUAUUUGCAUGCCUAUUCAAUGCCACGCCCUUUCAUGCUGUCAAUCCCAUGCUGGAAAGGGAAGCUAUAGCGUCGUUAUAUGCGAUAACAAAGCCAAAGAUUAUAUUUUGUGAUGGCAGAGAUUACGAAUUUUUGAAAUUGAUCACCAAGGACUGGACGGCUCAGUUGAUAACACUGAGCGAGCAUAUAGAGAAUGCGACUGGGAUAGAAGAGAUAUUGGCCACGGCAAUCAAUGAAAAUAAUUAUGAACCCACAAAGUUGGUGCAUGGCGCCGACCAAACCAUGGCUAUUGUCUGUUCCUCGGGCACCUCCGGGCUGCCCAAGGCUGUGACCAUAACCAACUCCCAACUACUGUUAAUAUCGCCAGUGAGUGGCUUAAAUGAUGUUGUAUACACGACAGCUAGUUACGAUUGGCUCUCCGCUAUAAAGAGUCUUUUGAGCAGUACAGUAAACGAAGCGGAUCGGGUGAUUUGUAGCCAGCCCUUCAGCGUGGAGUUGCUUGUGGAGAUCGUAAAGAAAUGGCAGGUGACCUACCUGUAUGUCUCCCACUGGCAGUUCAAUGCGCUCUUCAGCAGUCCCCUGGCCACUGCAGAGAAUCUCUCCAGUCUGCAGUUCGUCCAGUACAGCGGGGGUUGGGUGUCAGCUGGUGUGGUGCAGGCCGCUCGGCGCAUCAUCGAAUCAACCAUUUUUGUGUAUGCGUAUGGGACAACGGAAACGGACGGAAUAUCGGCUUGCCUAAAUCCAGAAACGGAGAACUUGGUAGGGAGUCUGCUGCCAGGCGUUCAUGCUCAGAUCGUUAACGACGCGGGAGUUCCACUGGCACAUGAUGAAGUGGGCGAAAUAUUGAUCAAGACGAAUCAAAAGUGGAAUGGAUACUAUGGCAAUCCUGUGCAAACAGCUCAGACACUCGAUUCCCAGGGUUGGUUCCACAUGGGCGACAUGGGCUAUUUCGAUAAGGAAAAUCGCCUCUAUAUGGUGGAUCGCAAAAAGGAUUUGCUUAAAUACCAAUCAAUGCAUUACACGCCCAACGAGAUCGAAAAGAUCAUCAUCGAGUUGCCAGACGUGCAGGAGGUAUGUGUGGUUGGUAUGAAGGAUCCUUUAUAUGGCGAUGCUGCUGGAGCCCUGAUUGUUCGAAAGCCACAGAGUCUUCUAAGUGAAAAACAGGUCAUAGACUAUGUCGCUAAGCGAAUUUCAGUGCAAUAUAAACAGCUGCAUGCAGGCGUUUGUUUCGUGGAUAAACUUCCAAUUAACUUCAAUGGAAAAAUGCUCCGAAAUGAAGCUCGAGAAUUAUUUAACAGCACGAAAAUGAGGAAGGCAAAACUUUGA